GUUUCAUACGUAGUAUCCACUAAGUAGUCUGUGACUUGUUUAAAAUUUAAAUCCAGAACUUGUUGUUGCAGUUGUUGUCGUGUGUAUUGUUAUUAUUUACAAUUACUAUUAUCUGGGUGAAUUAAGAUUAAUUUCAUUAAUUCCCUUUUCUUAUAUCGCAAAUUGCGUUGCACUUGAAAUUUCGGGAAAAAGUAUGAGCCGCGAAAUGUAUGCGGGUAAAGAGAAAACGUCAUCAAACUUGGCAUGGCACCGACCCCAGUCUGCUAUCUCCCUCCAAGAGGAGGAGCUCAUGCAGACGAGUGCUCGUGCUGUGGCCCACACAACUGACCCACUUGAAAAACUACGUCUGCUGUGCCUGUCUAGGGGUGCCUGCGGAAUAUUAGCCCUAGGAAGGGUAUUCAGACGAAUGGACAAUAAUGGAAACAAAAACGUCAAUAAGGAAGAGUUUGUCAAAGGCUUGGCGGAAACCGGAUUGGAAAUCAGUGAGAAGGAAGCUGAAGAAACAUUUGAUAGAUUCAACAUCGACAACAGCGGAUUCAUCAGUUUUGAUGAGCUCAUCAAACAAAUUCGCCCACCAAUGUCAGACUCACGGCGCGCUGUCGUGGAGAAAGUUUUUAGAAAGUUUGACAAAGAUGGACACGGUGUCAUCACUGUUAAUGACAUUCGUAAAGUUUACUGCGUCAACUCUCAUCCAUUGUACAUGAGUGGAGAGGAAACGGCGGCUAAGGUCAUGAACAGGUUCUUGGCUAACUUCGAAGUCGAUGGAUCUGAAGACGGAUCGGUAACACUUGAGGAGUUUAUGAACUUCUACAGUGGCAUCAGUGUCUCCAUCGACAGUGACUGCUAUUUCGACCUUAUGAUGCGUCAAGCUUACAAAUUGUAAUUUAUUUAUAUCGUACAUAAUAUAAUAUGUACCGCACUCUUUUUUCUCUCACACGCACUCGCUAAUUUUUACAUAAGAAAGAGACAUUUACUAUUAAUUAUAUUUUACGUUAUAUGCUUAAUGUGAUGAAUACUAAUGAAUUAUUUUGUUCGCUAAUGUUAGAUGACUAGGAAUAUUUCACUAGGUGUUGCGUGCUAAUAUAUUGUUAUGUCAAUAAAAUAUUUAACG